CGGUUUUAUUCUACUUUAAAACAAAACCCUAUUUCCAUUUCCCUCUUCCCCUAUCAGAACCCGAAAUAAUCGAACCCGCUCUCGCUGUUGUUACACUCAGUAGUCGAGUUCACUGCUGAGUUUAUCAGCCGAGAUGGAAGAUUCUGCGGCCGAGGUCGCCGAUCUUCCGCUGGUCGAAGGAGACAAUCCGCCGUCAGCACUAACGAUGGAAAAAGACUCAAAUGGUUUCGGUCAGGCGACACCAGAAGAGCUCGUUUCUCGAGCUAUAGCUCCGGUGAAGAGAGAGUUUCUGCGUCCUCCACCCUCCAGGACAACCGAGCAGCAGAACGACGCUAUUCAGGAGGCUCAGGCGAAGCCUUCUCAGCCCGGUUUGCUCAAGGAGAAAAAAUCUAAACGCCAACUCAAACGAGAGCGCCGUGAGGAAAAAAAAUCUGCCAUGAACCUCUGUCCGGAAGUUGCUAAGACUGGAGAUACGAGUGCAUGCCCUUAUAAAGAUAAGUGCCGUUUUAGCCAUGACUUGGAAGCUUUUAAUGCUCAGAAACCAGUUGAUCUAGAGGGAGAAUGUCCUUUUAUGAGCCCUGGAGCUUCAUGCCCUUAUGGUGUGACCUGCAGAUUUGCGGGCACACAUAAGGAUGGUGGUCAAGUUGGAUUCUCAACUUUAGGAAAGAGAAGUUCUGAGAUCAAUAUUCUGAACAAAGAUUUUCAGAAGCUUCUGUGGAAAAACAAAGUGCGGUUCCCCAAGGCAGAUGCCAAACUAAAAUCUUUUGGGCUUCAGGGUAAAGCCUAUUCCAAGAAAAUGUUGGAAGAUAAGAAGGAAGCAAAUCAAAUUAUGUCAAAUGGAUCUUUGGGUGAUGAUGAAAAUGAUUGCACUAGAGUUAGUAACUCCACAGCUGAAACCAGAAGUGCUCUGGAAGCUCCAUCAGGGGUUAAUCCUAAUGAGACAUGUGCAACUGAUGAACCACCCCUGAAAAAAGCAAAAUCUAAUGAUGAUGUGGAUGUCUUGAAGAAAGAUAAUGCACGAGCUGAGCAAGAGGGUGUUGAAGAUAUUAUAGUCACAGAUAGUGAUGAGAGCCUAAAACUACACCCUCGGGAAAAGAAGCUAAUUGAUUUUAGAGAAAAGCUGUAUCUUGCGCCCCUGACGACUGUAGGGAAUCUACCUUUUCGGAGGCUUUGCAAAGCCUUAGGAGCAGAUAUAACAUGUGGUGAAAUGGCCAUGUGUUCAAAUCUUUUGCAGGGUCAAGCUUCAGAGUGGGCUCUGUUGAGACGGCAUUCUUCUGAGGAAUUGUUUGGUGUCCAGAUUUGUGGGGCAUACCCAGACACUAUUGCACGCACUAUCGAGCUUAUAGAUCAGGAAUGCAGAGUGGAUUUUAUUGAUAUUAAUAUGGGAUGCCCUAUCGAUAUAGUUGUUAACAAAGGUGCUGGAUCAUGUCUUCUCACAAAACCGAUGCGGAUGAAAAGCAUUAUUGAAGUAGCGUCGGGUAUCGUGGAGACGCCUAUAACUGUCAAGGUCCGAACAGGUUAUUUUGAGGGGAAAAACCGCAUUGAUUCAUUAAUUUCAGAUAUUGGCUCCUGGGGUGCCACUGCAGUGACAAUACACGGUCGAUCACGGCAGCAACGCUAUAGCAAGCUUGCUGAUUGGGAUUACAUAUAUCAGUGUGCUGGAAAGGCUUCUGAUGCUCUGCAAGUCCUGGGUAAUGGAGAUGUUUUUUCAUAUGUAGACUGGAACAAGCAUAAGGCAGAUUGCCCUGAGCUCUCUACUUGCAUGAUUGCUCGAGGAGCCUUAAUUAAGCCUUGGAUAUUUACUGAAUUAAAGGAACAGAGGCAUUGGGACAUCACUUCAGGGGAGCGGUUAAAUAUUUUGAAGGAUUUUGCACGAUUUGGCCUUGAACACUGGGGCUCAGACAUGAAAGGAGUAGAGACAACAAGACAUUUCUUGCUUGAAUGGCUUAGCUACACGUGUAGGUAUGUGCCUGUAGGUCUUCUAGAUAUCAUUCCACAACGUUUGAACUGGCGUCCACCCUCUUAUUAUGGUCGUGAUGACCUGGAGACGCUGAUGGCUUCUGACUCUGCAGCUGACUGGAUUAGGAUAUCAGAGAUGUUGCUUGGCAAGGUUCCUGCUGGCUUCACUUUUGCUCCAAAGCAUAAAUCUAAUGCUUAUGAGCGGCCAGAAAAUGGCUGAGUUCUUCUUUAUUUAUUUUCCAUUGAAGAGGGGAACUGUUUGCUUGUCUGCUAAGCUGUAGGUUUAGGUACCAGAUGUCAUUGGUAAAUCAAGCAUUUCAACCUUUCUCUGUAAAGAGUUGAUGCCUGAAACUCAUGAUGGCAUAUUGCCUUUCCACAUCCACACUGCAGGAUUCUUAUGCUUGUUUCUUCUAGGUACUACCAACUUAAUUUAUAUAGGGAAACCACGCCUUAUUUGUGAUCAGAAGAUUUUUAUCUCAGAUUGCGGGGGGAAAAGAAAAAAAGAAAAUGAAUGUUUACUUUUAAACACUCUCAAUAUGCUUAGGAAACAAUGAGAUAUUACAGGAAAGCUGAGUUCACAGAAUUUAACUGUGUAAGUCAGUCUUUUGGUAAUUUUUCAAGUCAUUUUAAGGAGGUUUUUUAAUUUUACUUUGUAAUAAUGUCAAGCUUUUUAUAAUACUAUGCUUCGUACU